AUGUGGGCAACCCCGGCUGUCUGGAGUCUGGCUUUCGCGGCCGUCGUGUCGGCGGCGGCGUACCACGUCCCCCGCGGCGACGGAAAAUGCAACAAAGACAACUGCCUCCGGGCGCUGGAGAACAAACAACACGGGGCCAGCGUAAACAGCUUUUGCGCUUCGCUCCUAUCCACCACGGCGCCUGCCACCGCGACCAGCGCCAUCCUUACAUAUCUGGCAAACUGCGGGACGACAUCUCGGGUCUCGCGGCUCUCGAGUGCCUGCUCCUGCUUCUUAUCGUCCACCACGAUCAGCACAACAAAGAGCUCCACAACGACAUGUGUCGGGUCGGUAACCACGGUCACGCUUCCUGGCACAGCGUUAACGUGCACGGCUACCACGGUUACGGAAACGGCGCCUGAUUCCGCCGUCACUGCGCUUGGGUCGACAAUUACGGAAACUGCCCCGGGGGCGACGAGGACGGAAACGAUACCGGGGCCCACCGUUACAGAGACGGCGCCAGCGUCGACCGUUACGGCUCCGGCGUUUACCAUCACGGCUCCCGGUACAACCGUCACAACUCCAGGUCCGACCACGACGGUAACGGCGCCAGCGCCGGCUCAAAAGUGCAGCCAGCCUCUUGCAAACCCAGGAUUCGAGUCCUUGGCGCCGGCCCUUUAUCCCUGGACCUAUGUUAGUUCAGGUCCCAUGUGGGCGAUUGGACAGUCCAGAAGUGGACCCCCGUUCGCUGGCAGGCCGCAUUCGGGCAGCGUCGCUAUGUACAUCUCCGUCGACGGCAGCAGCGCCCCAAAAGGCUUUUUGCAACUCUACCAGCCCUUUGCUGCGUGCGGGAGCAGCACGCCUUACCGCCUACGCCUGUGGUAUGGGACCAACUCGGUGGGCCUUGCCAACACCAUCACGUUCCGGGCUUCCAUUUACACGACCUUAGUCGGCGAUCCGACUAGGGCGCCCAUCGUUGCCUACACCUCGACGCAGAUUGUGGAGGCCAACACGGGCAUAAAUUGGGCCUUGGUAAAGUUUAGUCCCUGGAUGUUAAAAUUCCUAGCAACAGGAGUUUUGCAUCUCGACAUUAGCACCACCCGCCGGAACUAUGGAAUUUGGUUGGAUGACAUCACGUUGUCCGCGUGACAUUUGGGCUUUAGUGAUGGAGGGGUCGUUUGGAUUAACGGCGAGUAUGUGAAGGGAGCGGGGCAGGAGAAAGUCAGAUAGGAAAUAGCUAGGCACUCAGGAAACCGGUAAAAAUAAACUGGUAACAGUGUAGC